AACUGUAGCGACAGUGACAUAAGCAUGGGGAGACCAAAAUGAAAUGUUAGUUAUUUGCAAUCGUGUCAGCGCGGGUGCUAAUUACCUUUUCCGGGGCCCCAUCCCGUUGCGUGAUACGACGUGCCGGGACAGUACUUGCUCAACUACUUGAACGGUAACACACAGCACAGCACAGUGUACCAUCCCCAUACCCAGGCAGUAGUUGCGUAUUUUUGGAGGGCAAAACAUAAACAAACAGCUUGCCGAUAAGAUGUACACACAUGUCGCAGUUCAUCGCUCCCACACCAUGGCCGAUGAAGCGCAACCACCGAAUGGUACGGACGUCGUAGACAAGAUGACCGUAGAGGUGGCUGAAAUGGCACUCGACGCUAAAGAGGCUGCAGGCAAGGAAGCUGCCGGCGGCCAACCGGGUGCAGCCGAACCGGCGGCAAAGCCGUCCGACAAGGAAACGAACGGUUCGGCGACACCUGCCAACAAGCCCGUCUGUUCCGCGGCCUUUAAGGAACAGUUUAAAGCGUUCUCAAAGUUUGGUGAUACAAAGUCGGAUGGAAAACAUCUAACGCUUUCGCAAAGCGACAAGUGGAUGAAGCAAGCGAAGGUUAUUGAUAAGAAGAUAACGACCACCGAUACGGGAAUACACUUCAAGAAGCUAAAAUCGAUGAAGCUGACGUACGAAGACUACAACAAAUUUCUGGACGAUCUGGCCAAAACGAAGAAAGUCGAGCUGGAUGAAAUCAAAAACAAAAUGGCAAACUGUGGCGCUCCCGGAGUGCAUAAUGCAACGCCAGGAAAAGCGGCCGAAACGGUGGCUCGCCUUACGGACACGUCCAAGUACACCGGUUCGCACAAGCAACGGUUCGACGAAACUGGCAAGGGCAAGGGUAUUGCCGGCCGAAAGGAUAUGGUCGACCAGUCCGGCUAUGUGUCCGGAUAUGGGCACAAAAACACCUACGACAAAACUCACUGAGUGCAAGGGAGCAACGAUGCGUAACAUCUAGCACCCAAACCGAAACGGAAACAUUUAAAACUGCGCGCUUCGUAACGUACACUUUCGAAACGGCAAUUUCAUGCGAUGCGAUUCCACCACGUGUGAGAUUGGUUAGUUGCUGACCAUAAGCCUUUAUGUAUCCCUGUGUCCCAGUGCAAAAACAAAUCAACCUGUAUUACAAAUCAACAACAAAAAUCGAGAGAAUCAAAAUCAAACCCAUCCUGACGCCAUUCUCAUUAUUAACGUAGCUUGUUAUUGAGGAUUGUUUUAGUUACAUUUUUACACGUACACGAUUGUUUGCUGUUUGUGUGGAUGUUGGGGUUACUUUCUACACGUCUUCUAUACAUAGUGUUAUUUGUCUAGUCCUUAAAGGUAUGUUCACUAGUAUAAGCUAAAAUACAUCCAUUUGUUUCAAUUCGGAUAAGGGAAAAGUUCGCGCCCGAUAACACGAUAGACAUUAUUGAGCCAAUUAUACAAUUUCUGUGUGUGUUUUUUUUUCAUCAACGAACGUAUGUUUUGUCGGAAUUUUAAUCUCAACGCUAAGCAGUAUGAUUCACCAUUGAUUCACCAACAACUUAUACAUAUAUACUGUGUCAUGUAUAACACACCACAAUCUUCGAACGAACCGUUGAUAGUAAGCGAUUAAUAUACAAAAUUGAAUACAGUUCAUCCGAGCAAAUGAAUUUAA